AUGCAUUCGGCACUCAGCAAUCUACAGUCGGCAUCGUUGACUAUAAACAAUGCAUUGGGUCUGUUCGAUUGUUGUGAACCGACCAAUCGAGAAAUUGUUAAGCCGGCUAGUACGAAUGAGGAGGUGGAUUCAAGCGUAGGAACAGCUUCAACAGCAGCAUCAUCUUCAACCACGACAGCUUCAGCAAUGUCAGAUUCAAGAGCAUCAGCUGAUUCUGUAAAGAAAUAUGAAAGAAACAUAGCUACUGUUUUGAAAGCAUUUGCAAGCAUGUGUGAAACUCUUACACCUGAACUUCUUCGUCAGCAGUUUUACUCAUUACCACAACCUGAUCCUAGAGAGUACAUUGUGUCAGGGGAUCCAUCCAAUGCCCACAAGAAUCGUUACAGUAAUAUCCCUUGUCUAGAUUCUUCACGUAUCCUGCUAGAAUUUUUACUUAUCGAGGGUGGUGGAGGUUAUAUUCACGCAAAUCGUGUAACCUAUCCAUUGUUACGAAACGAGUUCAUUCUGACGCAGGCGCCCAGUGAGAAUGCGCAAACGAUGUUCACAAUCUUACGACGGGUUCGUGGUAGCAAAACUCCCGUUGUUGUCCAUUGCUCAGCAGGAGUCGGACGGAGUGGUACAUUGGUAGCUUUGGAGAUGUGUUUGAUGACGGUAGCGAAUACUCGUCCAAUUGACAUUCACUCGAUAGUAUCCAGUCUCCGACGAUGUCGAGCGCUGGCUGUGCAAAGCCUUGAUCAGUAUCUUUCUCUGUACAAGUUGGUAUUACAAUUUGCUCAACAGAACGGAUGCAUUUCUUCAAAACGGCGAGCGGAUUUCAUUGAUGAACCUCCAUGUAAAAGAAGUGAAUAUACUGAUAUGGAGAAUCUGCAUUCAGGAAUGUAUACGAUAUCCCCAAAUUAUCCCACAAACCCAACGAUGCCAAAUCAACAAAACUUUCUUCAAGCUCUUCAGGAUGUCUUUCAACCGCCGUUCAACUCACAGAUAUCUCCAAAUUAUCCCACAAACCCAACGAUGCCAAAUCAACAAAACUUUCUUCAAGCUCUUCAGGAUGUCUUUCAACCACCGUUCAACUCACAGGUGUUCCCAAUGAAUUUUCCAGCAUUUCAACCCACAGCAUUUUCACCAAAUCAAAUGAGUGUUCCUCAAAACGGAUCAACACUGCUGCGGAUUAUUUCAGAAAAGAGAGAUCCAAAGCCAGUUCCGUUUGGCUCUAGAGAAACGUUCGAUGAAAUCUCUGGCAAUCUAAAGCCAGCUUUGUUCGACUCUAGAGAAACGUUUGAUGAAACAACUGGCAGACUGUGCUUACUCAACUCUUCCACUAAAUAUCAGGUGACUCUGGGUGAAAUUCAGCGGCGUUUAUCUCAUCCUGAAACACUGCACGCGAGUCUCGUGAACAGUAUUCUCAGAAAGGCCAAACUGAAGGAUGGAUGCAGAGUGCUAAGGAAUAGAUUGGCUGAAAAAGGAGUGAUCUUACCUCCUGGACGUCGUAAAACUGCAACGACUACUACUUUUACAGCUCUUUGUGAAAAGGAAGCUGUGUUAAUGGCCCGUGACUUCGAUUUUCUCUGCCGAAACGCUCUCAACAUCUGCUCAGUUGCUCGACGUUCCAGCCAAAUGACUUAUUCUCUUCAGGAUUUGGAUGGGGCCAGCCGCGUGUUGGCAGGAGUAUUGGAUGCUUUCGAGGACGUGCCUGAAAAUCCUGAAGACUACGUGGAAAAGGAUGCUUCCACCCACACAAUCAAUACGUUGAGCUUACUCACUCAUGGUUUUGGUCACAAUGCCAUAAAGUCUGUGUUAAAACUAACAAUGGGAAUUAUUGAACAACAACGGCUCAUGCUUCAUGGAGCUCCGCCCACGUACAAUCCUUUCCCGGAACAACAGAAACCUCUUUUUAUAAUGGAAGACGACAUCUCAGUUCUGGAACUACAACGAAAAAGAGAGGAACUUCUAAGGUUGCUGCAAGAGGCCGGGGACGAUGACGACGAUGAUGAAUGUUCCGAAGAGUCAAGCAGCAAUGAAGAUUAUGAGGAACUGGAUGAAGAUGAAGAAGAAGAGGAAGAAAACGGUGAAGGUGACGAAGGCGAUGCUAAUGAAAAUGACGUUGAAUCCCCUCCUUCAAAGAAAGCCCGAUUGAAUGAGGCAGCGGAUGCGGCUCCAUCGACAGCAUCUUCUGCAGAUGAGGAAUGGAAAAAUAUGAACGGCUCAGCGUGUCCAAUGGCGCAUAUUCCAGCCUCAGCUUCCACUGGAGAAAGGUCAGAAUCUUGUUCGCAAAAAGCACUUGAUGAGGAUCAGGAAAUGGAAUAUGAAGAUGAUUUAUACGAUGAUAUCCUGGACGUCGAUGAUAUUCUGGAAGAAGCUGUGGAUAAGAUAAAGAAGGAAGCAGAAGACUCUGAAUCUACUCCUGUGAUAUGGAAAUAUGUGCCUGAACGUCUCGAACAUGAUCAUUUCAUGAAUCUCCCCGAGGGAUGGGCUCGUAUAACACACAACAGUGGGAUGCCUGUGUAUCUGCAUCGAAAAACACGUGUUGUAUCUUUGUCAAAGCCGUACUUCAUUGGAACUCAGGGAGUACGCGACCAUCGCAUUCCUGUUACGGGUGUACCAUGCCUUCAUCAGCGUAGAGUACUUGAGAGAGAUGCCGCUCUUGCAAAGGAGGCAGAGAAGCAGAAGAGUAAUCCAACCGAAUCAACAUUAGAAAGUGAAAUCAAACAGAAACUAAUAGCCCCAGCUGUAAAGAUUGAGCGUCAAGAGGAUUACUUACUAACUGGAGAAGAGUAUCGCAAGUAUGCCGAAAAACUGUUUAAGUUUAAAACUAUUCAGGUUAAAAAGUUCAACAAUUUCAAGGAGAAAAAGGCUGCAUAUCGCGAAAAGCAAUUGGACCAGGCACUUAAAGAUUCAGGUGUUCCAAUGAAAAUGAAGGAAGUACUGAAAAAGAAAGAGAAGGCACCUGCAGGAUUAGCUCUGAUACACAUCGAGUCAGCAGAUCCACGUUUCCACAAGCGUAGUUUUGUGAUGAACCCUCAGGGGAAGUCUUCGAUCACGGUCUUGCAUGAAUACUCACAACGGGCUUUGAAAGGACGCACGAUUUAUCACAUUGAAGAAACUAGAAAUGCAACAAAACCAUUCCAUGCUACGGGUAUUGUCGUUGUGAAGAAAUCGAUUCGGGUUCAAAUUGCUGGUAAAAUCAAGGAUAAACUUGCACUUCUGGGUUCGAGCAACGGUGUUGACGGCGAUGCCGAUGAAGAUUCAAUAAUAGUUGGUCGAGGUGAAGGUCCAAGUAAACGUGUAGCUAAAAUGGUAGCUGCGAAGCAGGCGCUUGCGGUGCUAAUACCCGAAAUUCGCUUCAACGAUGACUUCAUGGCCACCAUACAACCACCGGAUGCGACUGAAAAGAAUUAUGACGAUCAGGCUAUUGCUUUGUUCGACGAGUUACCCAUUGAUGAUCCUCGAAUAUCCGACUUGUCAAUGAGGACUUGUCAGCCCAAACCUUUGAUACUAUUGAAGACUGCAUUGCUCCGAUCCAUAAAACUAUGUCGAGAAGUUCCGUCUACAAAAGUGGAGUUGCUCGGACCAAUGCGGACACGAGUGACGAUGACUGUAGGAGAUAUGACCGCAGAAGUUAUUGCGAACGGUAGCAAGAUCGGACAACAGCAUGCAGCGCAAAAUCUUCUCAAACAAAUGCAUCCAGAGGUUUCCACAUAUGGUGGCCUGCUACGGAUCUACGCGAACCCUGAUGAAAAAGAAGAGCAGCGUGAAACAAGAAAACUUCAGGCUGAGCUGGUCCAAUUGCAAAAUCAAACGAAGGCCUUGAGUGACACGAAGAGGUCUGGAAAAUCGAAAGGUCAUGCAUCCUCCAACGCGAAUUCGGAUAGUGUCAAGUCAGCUGCAGUUCGUGCUCGUGAAAAAGCUGAGCGAGCUCGCGGACGUGCAGAAAAGUUGAAAGAAAAGGCUUCAGAAGCAAAAGAGCUGUCCGAGAAGUUGAAAUUGAAAGUUGAAAAAGCGAAAAGAGCUGCCGAUCGUGCAACUUCUCGAUCAGAUCGAGAGAAAUCGCGGGCAGCUUCAGCCAAAUGGUCCAAGUUAAGUGAGCAAUAUAGAAAAGCGAAUCGUCGUUCAAGUAAGCUACGAUCGUUAGUCGAUAAGGCAACAAAGCGCUACAAAAAGCUUCUGAGAAAAGCGGAAAAGCCGGUAGAAAAGAAGCGUUGGGAACGGGUGAAAGAUGGUGGCAAGAAUUAUCGAGCCGAUGCAAAUGAAGCUGUUUUGGCAUUACUCCGAAAAGAAAUGGCUCGAAUUAAAGAACGUACCGCCACUAGGACCUAUAUGUACGAAACAAAACCUGCGGUAAAAUAA